AGAAUUUGCCAUAAACGUUACGAUAAAACUACGACAACCCUAUAUCUCCAGCUUUUUCCGACGGUGCUCUUGGCGGUAUCCCCUACCACUGUGGCCUUGUCACGAGAUUUCCCUCUACGCGUUCCUGAGUGAGCCAUCGGGCGUUCCCCGCUGAAAGCUUUCAUCUCAUCAAAAUGAACGCACCUGAUCGUUUCGAGCUCUUCUUACUCGCCGAUGGCGAGAAGAAGAUUGAGGAGAAGGUUUAUUCUGGCAUGUCCAACACCUCUGACUUUGUUCUAAAGAAAGAGGAUCACACGCUGGGCAACCUGCUCGCUGAGCACCUCAAAGCCCACCCCAACGUCUAUAUGGCGGGAUAUAAGAUUGCUCAUCCUAAUGUCCCUGAGCUCUAUAUCCGCGUUCAAACAGACGGAACCAUUUCACCCCGCGACGUUUUCACGUCAGUCUGUGAAAAGCUCAUCAACCAGCUCGAGAUGUUGUAUCAAGAGUUCACUCGCGAGUGGGAGCUGAGACGAAUCACAAACACUGGAGACCAGGGUAAUAUGCCAUCGAAUGGCCAUUAAAAAGAUUUUCAUCGAAUCGUCUCAUAGACAGGCGUUAGGGGGGGGCAGAAAGAUUUGGGCUUUGCAUUUCGGUUUUGUUUGGACCAGGGGAAAAUGAGCUUUAUAUUAUUCAACCAAGAAUCUGUUUACAAGGAUAUUCAGGGCCAGCUUAAAAGUGGCAAUCCUUUCCGACAAUCGGAAACUAAUAUUCUGAGAUAAGACUGUAGUGUUUUUUUUUCCCUUGUCGUAAGGCGCGUAACAAUGAAUACAUAUGACUGCACACAGAGGCAAGAUUGGUAACCACGUGCUGAUUUGGAGAUAAAUACGCCUUAUGCUCUAAUUCCUCAAGCUGCGGCACCAACUGGUCCUUCUCCGCCAGGGAUCAAC